AUCCCAGGCUAGCGUUGGUUCUGUGUGCCUCAGGUACGUGCUUGGGCGGCAGUGGGGGCCGACACGGUGCGGUCUCUCGCGUGCUGCGGUCGGGCCCGGGAUCCUGCUCUUGGCCGGGUCGCAGUUCGCGGGCUGCUGGGGUCCGGCAGGGCUGGAGGCGGACCGCGAGGAACCGGCGCGGCCGGGAAGACGGGGCAGGGUCGCCUUGGCCCCGGGGCCUCGGUUUCCUCGGAUCACAGCGCCUCAGGGGGCGCGCACGGGCGCCGCGGAGACCUGUGUCCUGCCGGGGCGCGGCGCUAGGGGCCCCUGCUCGGGUUUUUAUUCCCAGACCUAAGCUUACAGGAGUAUAAUGUCUCAGGAAGGUGAUUAUGGGAGGUGGACCAUAUCUAGUAGUGAUGAAAGUGAGGAAGAAAAGCCAAAACCAGACAAGCCGUCUACCUCUUCUCUUCCCUGUGCCAGGCAAGGAGCAGCAAAUGAGCCCAGGUACACCUGUUCCGAGGCCCGGAAAGCUGCACACAAGAGGAAAAUAUCACCUGUGAAAUUCAGCAAUACAGAUUCAGUUUUACCUCCCAAAAGGCAGAAAAGCGGUUCCCAGGAGGACCUCGGCUGGUGUCUGUCCAGCAGUGAUGAUGAGCUGCAGCCAGAAAUGCCGCAGAAGCAGGCUGAGAAAGUGGUAAUCAAAAAGGAGAAAGACAUCUCUGCUCCCAAUGACGGCGCUGCCCAAAGAACUGAAAAUCAUGGCCCUCCCACCUGCCACAGGCUCAAAGAGGAGGAAGACGAGUACGAGACGUCAGGGGAGGGCCAGGACAUUUGGGACAUGCUGGAUAAAGGGAACCCCUUCCAGUUUUACCUCACUAGAGUCUCUGGAGUUAAGCCAAAGUAUAACUCCGGAGCCCUCCACAUCAAAGAUAUUUUAUCUCCUUUAUUUGGGACACUUGUUUCUUCAGCUCAGUUUAACUACUGCUUUGAUGUGGACUGGCUUGUAAAACAGUAUCCACCAGAGUUCAGGAAGAAGCCAAUCCUGCUUGUGCAUGGUGAUAAGCGAGAGGCUAAGGCUCACCUCCAUGCCCAGGCCAAGCCCUACGAGAACAUCUCUCUCUGCCAGGCAAAGUUGGAUAUUGCGUUUGGAACACACCACACGAAAAUGAUGCUGCUGCUCUAUGAAGAAGGCCUCCGGGUUGUCAUACACACCUCCAACCUCAUCCAUGCUGACUGGCACCAGAAAACUCAAGGAAUAUGGUUGAGCCCCUUAUACCCACAAAUUGUUGAUGGAACCCACAAAUCUGGAGAGUCGCCAACACAUUUUAAAGCUGAUCUCAUCAGUUACUUGAUGGCUUAUAAUGCCCCUUCUCUCAAGGAGUGGAUAGAUGUCAUCCACAAGCACGAUCUCUCUGAAACGAAUGUUUAUCUUAUUGGUUCAACCCCAGGACGCUUUCAAGGAAGUCAAAAAGAUAAUUGGGGACAUUUUAGACUUAAGAAGCUUCUGAAAGACCAUGCUUCAUCCAUGCCUGACGCAGAGUCCUGGCCCGUCGUGGGUCAGUUUUCAAGCAUUGGCUCCUUGGGAUCUGAUGAAUCAAAGUGGUUAUGUUCUGAGUUUAAAGAGAGCAUGCUGACACUGGGGAAGGAAAACAAGACUCCAGGAAAAAGCUCUGUUCCUCUUUACUUGAUCUAUCCUUCUGUGGAAAAUGUGCGGACCAGUUUAGAAGGAUAUCCUGCUGGGGGCUCUCUUCCCUAUAGCAUCCAGACAGCUGAAAAACAGAAUUGGCUGCAUUCCUAUUUUCACAAAUGGUCAGCUGAGACUUCUGGCCGCAGCAAUGCCAUGCCACAUAUUAAGACAUAUAUGAGGCCUUCUCCAGACUUCAGUAAAAUUGCUUGGUUCCUUGUCACAAGUGCGAAUCUGUCCAAGGCUGCCUGGGGAGCAUUGGAGAAGAAUGGCACCCAGCUGAUGAUCCGCUCCUACGAGCUCGGGGUCCUUUUCCUCCCUUCAGCAUUUGGUCUAGACAGUUUCAAAGUGAAACAGAAGUUCUUCGCUGGCAGCCAGGAGCCAAUGGCCACCUUUCCUGUGCCAUAUGAUUUGCCUCCAGAACUGUAUGGAAGUAAAGAUCGGCCAUGGAUAUGGAACAUUCCUUAUGUCAAAGCACCGGAUACGCAUGGGAACAUGUGGGUGCCCUCCUGAGAAUCUUGAGGCACUGUGAAAUUUAAGUGUAAGACAUUGAGCCACAAAUAUGGAAUCUCUUCUUUGUACUGGAUGUUCGCUUCCCUUAAAGUCUUAUUUGCACCCUUACAAAAUCUUUGCAAAGGUCACUUUUAUGAAUGGAUGUUGGUUAAACUUUUAAUGGACAUUAACAUUCCCAAUAAAAAAAGUAUUAUUUUCUUAAUUCACUUUUAUAGGUUUUGGAAUGAAAAUUAGUGAAUUUCUCUAUGUUAAAAAUAUGUACUGGUUGAGUAUGCCCUGUCUGAAAUGAUUGGGACCAGAAGUGUUUCAGCUUUUGGAUUUUUUUGAAUUUUGGAAUAUUUGCAUAUGCAUAAUGAGAUAUCUUGGGGAUAGGACCCAAAUCUAAACACAAAAUUCAUUUAUGUUUCAUAUACACCUUAUAUGCAAUAACCUAAAGGUGCUUUUAUAUGAUAUUUUAAGUAAUUUUAUGCAUGAAACAAAGUUUUGACAGCCUUUUGACCGUGAUUCAUCACAUGAAGUCAGGCAUGGAAAUUUUCACUUGGAGCAUCAUGUCAGCACUCAAAAAGUUCUGGAUCUUGGAGCAUUUCAGAUUUUCAGAUUAGGGAUGCCCAGGGUAGAUGAGUCUCUCUUCUAUUCCCAGAAACUUUCAGAGGAAACAGCUCAUAGAAACAUACAAAAGCACACAAGUAUUUUGGGAAAAAAUCCUAAAAGGUGACUUAAUUUGAUGCCUUAAAUUCACAAGUGUGGAAGCUAAGGCCUAGAAGGUUAAGGAUGUCCCCAGGGUCACACAGCGAGCUGGGCUCAGAGCUUGAGUGUCUUUGUGCUUUGUGUACAUUGCGUUCUCCCUAGGGUGCUUUAGACCCUGUUUGUUUUCUUCUGCAUGAGGCUGAUUUCCAGUUUGUCAUCAACCUCUUUAUCUUAUAAUUUAGGAUAGAGUUGAAUGUUAGUCUUGAAAGAUUUUCUAAAGUCUUUCAAACUGUUCCUCAGAGGCCUAGGAUUUUCCAAAAGUACCUUAGGAACCUUGUAGGCUGCAGCGGGGGUGUGGCGAUAAAGGAGGAGGCAGGGAGACAGGGCUGCAGGGCCUCCCACCUUCCAACAGACAGGCUCUGCUUUAUCUGUUUUACAUAUUGGGAUUCUGUAAAGGAAAUUAUCUGGGGUUUUGUAUGUAUUUUUGUGUGUUCUGCUUUUUUAAAAUAAACUUGAAAAGCUACUGAACUAA